AUGGCGCAGCAAGAAAAUCAGCCUGACCGACUAAAAUUAUCCUGUUCGAUCUGUCUGGAUCUACUAAAGGAUCCGGUGACUGCUUCCUGUGGACACAGCUACUGUAUGAACUGUAUUAAAAGCUUCUGGGAUGGAGAGGAUCAGAAAGGAAUCCACAGCUGUCCUCAGUGCAGGAAAACCUUCAUACCAAGGCCUGUGUUGGAGAAAAACAUCAUGUUAGCUGAUUUAAUAGAAGAGCUGAAGAAGACUGGACUCCAAGUUGCUCCUGCUGAUAACUGCUAUGCUGGACCUGAAGAUGUGGCCUCUACAUUUAAGAAACACAAGCUGGUGGAGCCGUCCAAGAACCUCCAGGAGAACAUUUGCACUAAGCAUGAUAAGCUGCUGGAGAUCUUCUGCCGCACUGAUCAGAAGUCUAUCUGUAUCAUCUGUUUAAUGGAGGAACAUAAAGGCCACAACACAGUGUCCGCUGCAGCAGAAAGGACUGAGAGGCAGAGAGAGCUGGAGGAGAGACGAGGAAACAUCCAGCAGAGAAUCCAGGACAGAGAGAAAGAUGUGAAGCKGCUUYADCAKGMGGKGGAGGCCAUCAAUCACUCUGCUGAUAAAACAGUGGAGGACAGUGAGAAGAUCUUCACUGAGCUGAUCCGUCUCCUCCAGAAAAGAAGCUCUGAUGUGAAGCAGCAGAUCAGAUCCCAGCAGGAAACUGAAGUGAGUCGAGUCAAAGAUGUUCAGGAGAAGCUGGAGCAGGAGAUCAGUGAGCUGAAGAGGAAAGACGCUGAGCUGGAGCAGCUCUCACACACAGAGGAUCACAACCAGUUUCUCCUCAACUACCCCUCACUGCCAGCACUCAGNGRGUCGACABNCUCAUCCAGCAUCAACAUCCGUCCUCUGAGACACUUUGAGGACGUGACAGCAGCUGUGUCAGAGCUCAGAGACAAACUACAGGAYGUCCUGAGAGACWCAUGGMCAAACAUCUCACUGAAAAUCACUGAGGUGGGUGUUCUUCUGACAGAACCAGAACCAAAGAGCAGAGAUGAAUUCUUAAAAUAUUCAUGUGAAAUCACUCUGGAUCCAAACACAGUAAACAGACGGCUGAAACUAUCAAAGGGGAACAGGAAUGUGACAAAUAUGGAUCAAUUUCAGUCUUAUCCUAGUCACUCAGACAGAUUCACUGGAUGGUCUCAAGUUCUGAGUAGAGAGAGUCUGACUGGACGUUGUUACUGGGAGGUGGAGAGGAGUGAAGGAGGAGUUUUUAUAGUAGCUGCAUACAAGAAUAUCAGCAGAACAGGAAGUGGAAAUGAAUGUGGAUUUGGACGUAAUGACAGAUCUUGGGCUUUACAUUGUUUCCAAAGUGGUUAUAAGUUUGGUCACAACAACAUCUGGACCUCCAUCUCAGGUCCAGUUUCCUCCAGAGUCGGAGUGUACCUGGACCACAGAGCAGGUGUUCUGUCCUUCUUCAGAGUCUCUGAAUCCGUGACUCUGAUCCACAGAGUCCAGACAAGAUUCACUGAACCGCUUCAUGCUGGAGUUUAUAUUUAUCACACUGGAGACUCUGCAGAGUUCUGUAAACUCAAAUGA